AUGAAAUUUAUAAAAACAGAUGAUAGUCUGACCUGUUUACUAAUUCAAAUAAAAACAACCCAAAAUGUUACCUUCAGCAAAAAGGAGGACAAAAAGGAAGAAAUAAAAAAAGAUGAAGACAAGAAGGAAGAGAAAAAAGAUGAGAAGGAAGAGAAAAAAGAUGAAAAACAGGAUGAGAAAAAAGAUGAGAAAAAGGACGAAAAGAAGGAUGAUAAGAAAGAUGAUAAAAAGAAAGAUGCUCCUCCUCAGCCGAAAGAAGUGUGGAUCAUGGAUCCAGCCUCAGACAAGUAUUACAGAUGGCUUUCGGUCAUAGCAGCCCCAGUGUUUUACAACCUGAUGAUGCUGGUGACAAGGGCCUGUUUCAAUGAGCUUCAGAACUCUUACACAGUGCUUUGGAUCGUCAUGGACUAUACCUCAGAUGCAAUCUAUUAUGUAGACACGUUUGUCAGAUCAAGAACAGGCUUCUUGGAGCAGGGUCUCCUCGUCAAAGAUGCUAAGAAGUUGAUGGAUAAUUACAGGAAAAUCCCCCAGUUUAAAUACGACAUGUUUUCAAUGAUCCCGACAGAUUUAUUAAUGCUGAAAGUGGGAUUCAACAAUCCUGAACUUCGCUUCAACCGCCUUUUCAAGAUGGCACGUCUCUUCGAGUUCUUCGACCGCACAGAAACCCGCACAAACUAUCCAAACAUUUUCCGUAUCAGUAACCUUGUACUUUACAUCCUGAUUAUCAUUCACUGGAACGCUUGCAUUUUCUUUGCUAUUUCCAAAACGAUUGGCUUUGGGACUGACACAUGGGUAUAUCCAAACAUCAGCCACCCUGAAUACGGCCGCUUGGCCAGAAAAUACAUCUACUGUCUGUACUGGUCCACUCUGACUCUCACCACCAUCGGAGAAACGCCACCUCCUGUUAGAGACAUCGAAUACUUGUUUGUCGUUAUGGACUUCCUCAUCGGAGUGUUGAUUUUCGCUACCAUCGUCGGUAACGUCGGCGCCAUGAUCUCCAACAUGAACGCUUCUCGUGCUGAAUUUCAGGCCAAGAUUGACUCCAUCAAGCAGUACAUGCAGUUCCGUAAGGUCAGCAAAGACCUGGAGGCCUGGGUCAUCAAAUGGUUUGACUACCUUUGGACAGAGAAGAAAACUUGUGAUGAGAAGGAAGUCUUGAAGAAUCUCCCAGACAAGCUCAAAGCUGAGAUAGCCAUCAACGUCCAUUUAGAUACACUGAAGAAGGUGCGAAUCUUCCAGGAUUGUGAAGCUGGACUUCUCAUUGAGUUGGUGUUGAAGCUGCAACCUCAGGUGUUCAGUCCUGGAGACUACAUAUGUAAAAAGGGUGACCUUGGCCGAGAAAUGUACAUCAUCAAAGAAGGCAAGCUUGCCGUAGUGGCCGAUGAUGGCGUCACGCAGUUUGUGGUGCUCAGUGACGGUGCUUACUUCGGAGAAAUCAGUAUCCUUGGAAUCAAAGGCAGUAAAGCCGGAAACAGAAGAACGGCGAACAUUCGUAGCGUGGGCUAUUCUGACCUCUUUGCGCUGUCUAAAGACGACCUUGUGGAAGCGCUUACUGAAUACCCAGAUGCCAAAAAAGCCCUGGAGGAGAAGGGAAAGGCCAUCUUAAGGAAAGACAACCUUCUUGAUGAGGCAGUUGCUGGUGCUGGUGCCGAUCCCAAAGAUCUGGAAGAGAAGAUUCACCAUCUAGAGAACAACCUUGAAGUCAUGACUGGUAAAUUUGCCAAGCUUAUGGGAGAAUACACAUCCUACCAGAGCAAAAUGAAACAGAGGAUCACCAACAUGGAGAACAAAGUGAAAACACUACGGGUAGAAGAUCUGUCGGAGGUUGUUGAGGACAAAAAAGAAGAGGAGAAGACGACAAAAUAGUCAGCAGCAUAGACAUUGGGGUAAAUGGGGUUUCCUAUCCAUGUACAUAUUUCUUAA